GAGGAGACUGAACCAUGAGAGAGAACCUUACUGGUGUGUCAUACCAAAGCAUGGCGUUCCCAGACUGUUUGACACCCACUGACCUGCUCGCAGAGAAGAAGGGGAUGAAGAGGAAAAACUGGAGAAACAGAAUAAGAUUUCUCCUGAAGACAAACUCUUCCAAGUCAGUAUUACGUCUGAUGAAAAACAGAUCCUACAGGCCAUCUGCUGAUGACGUGAACCAAUGGGCGCAGUCACUUGAGAAACUACUCAGCCAUAAAUAUGGGAAAGCUGCCUUUUGUAUCUUCUUGAAGUCAGAGUUCUGCGAAGAGAACAUAGAGUUUUGGACAGCAUGUGAGGACUUCAGCACACUCACAACACACACAGAGAUGGCGUCCAAGGCCAACAGCAUUUACGAGGAGUUCAUUAAAAGUGAAGCUCCCAAGGAGAUAAACCUGGAUUUCCACACCAGAAAUGCUAUCGUCCAGAGCCUCCACGAGCCCACCACGACUAGCUUCCUGGCAGCUCAGAGAAAAGUCUACAGUCUGAUGGAGAACAACUCCUACCCCAGGUUUAUCCACUCCGACCUCUACAAAGAACUGUGUGUAGCUGCCAGGGGAGAGGGCAAGCACAUUAAGUCCUAGUCAAACUAGACACCCACUCCUGAAGUCAUUUGUUUACCGGUGUGACUGUGUGAAUAGACCACUGAUGAUGUUCAGUCCAGGCACUGCCUCGGGAUAAUAGACCUGAAUGCAAAUCCUGAGCAUAAACAUUAACAGCAAGUGUGGAAAAUGCAAAACUGAAGCCAUUUUCAGUCCGUCCUGCUGACAGCUUUCAACAAUGAAUGAAGUUGGGACGAUUGUGCUGGAUGCUUUUUGCUGCUGUAGGCAGUACACAGCGUUUCAACCAGAUGGGAUUAAGGCUAUGUUUUCUUCACUGGACCAUUACCUGCACUGUCUUUACUAUGCUAUUAGAUUGCAAUAUUUUGAGGAAUGAUACAGUUAAAGAAAACAACAGCGUUCAAAGAAUGAGAAGAAGUCUUUACAUUUAGCUCUGUAUCUAUAUCCGACAAUGCUGUUAGAAUGUAUUUUAUGCUGUACAAAGUCACAGAUAUACACAGGACCUCCCAUGUGAACCUGAUUUUCAUUGCCAUAAUAUUCUGCUGGUUUUGCAUGAGUUUACACAAAAAGUGCAAUUUUAAUUUAUAAAAAAUUUCCACUUUAGACUGUUCUUGGCCUUAAGUGACUGUGACAAUGUUAUUUAUUGUAAAUAUUGUGAUGCUGCAUGACAUGUUGAAUGUGAAUUUUAAGUUUGGGGCAGCUGGACUGCUUAAGAAAUAAAUUGUAUUC